UAUAAAGUUAGUGUUUGGAACAACUCUGGAACAUUUACAUUGGUACAUGGAUGAGGCAACGAGCUUAAAGGCUCGUCCUUUUCUUCCUCCUUCGUCUAUGGAUAAGAUGGAAACUCGAGGGACUAAGGCAAUGGUGGCAAUGGAGAAAACCAUAGAAAAUGAGCGUAGCUCCAAUAGAGAAAGGAAAAUGGCUUUGAUACAAGAUGUUGACAAGUUGAAGAGAAAGCUUAGACUCGAAGAGAAUGUUCACAGAGUGUUAGAAAGAGCAUUUACAAGACCUUUGGGAUCCCUUCCUCGUCUUCCUCCUUAUCUUCCCCCACAUAUACUAAAGCUUGUGACUGAAGUAGCAGUAUUGGAGGAGGAGGUGGUUAGACUAGAAGAAAACGUUGUGAAUUUCAGACAAGCUCUAUAUCAGGAAGCUGUCUACAUUUCCUCUAAGUGGAAAUCAGAAUAUUUGAGGGACUCAAUGGACUAGAACUCCAUCAGAAGCUCCAAAUAUCAAACAUCAAAAUCCUUUUCCCAAAGCUAGUGAACAGGAAACAACUGCACAUCAAACAGGAACUGCUAUCAUCAAUCCCAGAAGAGGGGUAGCAAAAGAGAAGCCACUAUUUUAUAGCUCUCUAAAGGAUAAGCAAUCACUGGAAAAGAAAAUGGCCAAAUUCAUUACAACAGUGAAGAAGUCUGUAAUCAAACAAGAAUUAGAUGAUGUGUAUGCAGAUCACUUGAAGUUGCAGGUAUGCAACAGUGUCCAAUUAUUACUGUUUCAAUGCAAAAAAAGAACUGAGCUGUCAUUCACUUUGCUUGUUCAGAUGGAGAAGAGAUUAAUGCACAAAGAAAGAGCUUUUGAGUUCCUCAAGUUCAUUAGAUGAUAAGGAGUCAGAGGAUAUUGUCAAGUGCUUAUGUAGAAUCUUUAUGAGAAUAGGUACAUUCAAUGACAAAUUAGGGUAAUCAAAAAUAACUUCCAGUUCUGCAUCUGCAUGCAGAAAGGAAAUGUGAUCCCUAUGGUAUCUUUUCAGAAUCCGAAGUGAGAGAUAUUGGUGCAUAUAAUAGUUUAUGUGAGUCUAAAGCCUCAAAUGUCGAUAUUGAUCAAACAGGAAGUGUAGUG